AUCGUUGCUCCUUUGUGUUUUAUCCCAUCAAUGUUUCACAUUAAUAUUUUGUUGAACUGUUCUAUCUUGGUUUGCUUUAAAUACUUGAUUUACUUGUUUCAAAAAGGAAUUUGUGAUACCUCAAUCACAAAUAUUUUCUAAAGUAUUUGUUGGAAGUAAUUGAGAUAAAGAGAAAUACAUAAUCGUUAACAAAUUAAUCUUCUAUGUAUUAGUUGCAUCAACAGACUACUUGAUUAUUAGAAGUGAUGCUUAAUUAGUGCUAAAUAUACGAAGGUCUCAUUCGAUCCAAAACCUAAUUGAAGUUAAUUUUUUUUGUUCUAAUAAUAUCCAAUUUUGUUCUAAUAAAAAUGAGAUUGCAAUAAAUUGACAAGCUAAUAUUUCCAUUAUUUAAUUAAAAACUUAUUUAAAAAAGACCCUAUUCUUUGGAAUAUCAAUCUCGAGACCUCGAUAAAAAAUAGACGGGCCGAGUGCCCACCGUGGAGAAGGCCAGGCCCAGGAAGCGCCACGGACUUCCCAACAAAAGAAAGCGCCAGUCUCAGUUUCCUACUUUCCUCCACACUGCCCAUUUUCCUCUUCCUUGCUUCCCUUGCCAAAAACUCUCUGAGGCAUAUUAUCAAACACCAAGAAUGCAUAGACGAUUACGGCCUUCUCUCUGCAAAUCCCUUCUCCAACCCUCUCGCCGGCCCCCACCGCAUCCACUUUCUCCGGAUUCAAUCCUCCGAGAAUUUCACCUCGUCUCGACCGGCAUCACAGGGACUCUCCACACUCUGACGCCCCCAUCUCACCCACGAACCCAGCUACCGCGUCCGAGCACGGGUAGGAGAUGGAGCUCGGAGCCGGAGUUGGAUGUGGACAGGGAAGUAGACACGAUAAACCUCAAGUUUGCGGAGGCGAGAGAGGAGCUGGAGAUGGCUAUGGACUCAAAGGAGACCGUCUACUUCGACGAAGAGGCUGAAUGUGCGAGAGAUGCAGUGAACGAGGUCCUGGGCUUGUACGACUCGCUUCUUGGGAAGUUGCCGGAGAGUGAGAAGGGUGUUGUGCAGAGGUCGAUGGGGCUCAAGAUGGAGCAGUUGAAGGCCGAAGUCAAACAGUUGGAUGAUUGAAUUGUUCGUUGAAGUUAGGGAGGUAGGUUCUUAAUCGUGUAUUCUUGCUCCACCCUUUGAGGGAUAGGUCUCGAUUUGGUAAAUGGUGAAGGAAAGUUCGAAUCUUUUUUUGUUGUUUGGCUACUGUAGUUACUGUAGAAGCUCAAAGGAAGUUCCUUUCUUGUCAAAAAAAAAAAAAAAAACCAUCUUUGCCUUCUGGUGAAAUCAAUUUGGGCGUUGUUGAUAUGGAAAGCAAGAGGAGUGUUUUAUAUUUAAAAUCUGCUAAACUGCCCCAAAGUUUGAUUAGUGGGUGCUCUGUUUCAGAUGAAGUCUUCAGACCCCAUAAACCAGUUUGUCAUUAGAGAAUCUAGUGCGAGGAGAACCUUCAAACAUGUGGCGCAGUACAUGGCGAAGCCUUCAAUGUAGCUAUCAGUAAGUAGAAUGCAUCCCUCUGCGUUUGCUCAAUUGAAACAGGCUCUGAAAAUGCCAUAACCAAGUGCUGAACUAUAAAGUGUAAACUCAUCGAAAGAAUGAAUUUCUUGAUAUAUCAAAAUAUCGUCUAACAAUCUAAGAAUCAAGUUGUCACUAAAACCCUAAGGAACGGUGAGAAGAGUAAUCUUAAAGGAUGCUGAUGACUUGGACGAAGUAAAUUUAACUUAUUGAAAAUAAUGUUUCACAAUUGAAAAUAUUUUACCAUUUAAAUCUUUUCCUUAGGGUUUCGUGCACUUGAUGAUUGAAAAUAAUGACAAUUUGAGGAGAAAAAAAAAAGAGAUUGUUGAUGAUGGAGGCAUUAAUUUCAAUGAUGCAGAGUAAUAACGAAUCUCCUAUAAUAUUCAUGGUUGGGAUGAAUAAAUUAUACUAAGUGAAAUUACGUUUCAUAUGAACUAUGAAUUUUCCAAUAGCUUGAUAGUAUGGACUCUUUUCUGUUACCAAAUAAAACAUCAUUGCAUCAAAAAAGUUGUGAUUGUUGUGCCGUUGAUGAAAUGCAUCCAAUCAAUGGAUCAACCCGUAUUUUGGUUUUCUUUUGUACCAUAUGACAAAUUUCGCUUAUUUUUGUAUUGUUCGAGAAAUAGAAUUUGAAAAAUUGA